AUGUCUCACUCUCCAGAGCUCCGACGUUCAAGCUCCAUGGAUGGACUCGUAUCCCUGGGAGGUUUAAAUCCGGAUGCACCGGUGUUCAUGCCCAAUCUUUAUCCGCAGUUUACGCUUUAUCCAAUUUUUCCCACUCCUCGUCACUACUAUCUAUCACAUCUAACCUCACAUUUCUGCUACCACAACCCUUAUAUUCAAAGUUUUUCAUGGCCAGCUCUCUAUACUGACACCUACUUCCAAGGCACGGGUUUUCCACCUCAACCGGAGAACAUGCCGGCAGUUGAAGCAACGACGCCUUCAGUGACUGCGCCUUCGGAACAGACCAAUAAAAUGCACCGUGUUUCCAGUGUAGAUCAAAGAGCAGCUGUUCAAAAGGUUAAUCUGGGGAAGUAUGGGACGCCAUCCUGUCGGGGGCGAGGUGGUGCUUGGGUUAGGCAGGCAUGGUCGACGAAGUGUGGUAACGGUGGGAAUAUUGGUCGUAGAAAUGCGGGGAACUUAAACGGCUAUACUCGAAAGGCGGACUCUCUGAAUACUCGGGGUCGGUCCUGUGCCCGGGAUGAGAAGAAAAAGUCUUCUCCGGUGCUGCCUGUGCAUUGUGGUGUAGGAAAAACCACCAUUAUGAUAAGAAAUAUACCAAGCAAAUACACACGUAAGAUGUUGGUGGAAUUCCUGGACGAGCAUUGCAAGUUGGAGAAUGAAAAAGUGGAGACUGAAGAACAAAUCGUGUCCGCUUUUAAUUUCGUAUAUUUGCCUAUAGACUUCAGCACUGGGUGUAAUAAAGGAUACGCAUUCGUUAACUUCACCGACCCUCGCGCCGUGUGGAAGUUUUACCUUGCGGCUAACAACCAGUCAUGGGAGCUUUUUCAUUCAAACAAGAUACGCCAGAUAGCCUUCGCCAGACUCCAGGGAGAGGAACUGGUGAGGCACUUUGAGAGUAUGGGAUUUCCGUGUGAAUCGGACGAAGUUUUGCCUGUGUCCUUUAACCCUCCUCGCGAUGGCUCGAGGGAUUUCGUGAAACAAAGUAUAGUGGGGAGAUGUAUCCGUACGGGACCUCGUGGACACAGGCACGAGAGGGUUCGCUGA